CGGAGCGAGCAGGCAAGAAUGGAGAGGAGGCGAAGGCGGAGAGGGGGCGCCGCGCUGUAAACACACAGCGAGGGGUCGCAGAAGGAUCCGCUGGGCAGGGAAUAGUGCUUGCUCUGCCCCCCCACCCCGGCCCGAGAGGUGGGGCCUGCCUUGACCAGAAACGGCCCAUGCACCGGGAGGUUGCUCCUUGAUGCUGAACAGGAAAUAAGAAACUCCUCUCAGGCCUGUUCCUCCUCCUUCCCUACGGGGAUCCAUGUCGCCUCAUCGUGCCCAGUUCCUAGUGGCCUUCCAGCAUGUCCUGGUUUAGUGGCAUUCUGGUGCCCAAAGUGGAUGAGCGAAAGACUGCUUGGGGGGAGCGCAAUGGGCCCAAGCGCCAUCGCCCAGCGCUUUGUGGGCCACGCUACAUGAGCUGCCUACAGGACCCGGAGCUGGAGCGUGGAGGCAGCGGUGGGCUGGGGCUGAACUGCUCGUGGCAGGAGGACCACUAUGGCAAGAAGCAGCAGCAGCUGCCGCCCCCUCCCCUUGCAUCUGGGAUAGGGGAUCUGGGGCUCAAAGCAGUGGACCUGGGCUUCGAGGACGGAGGUGCAGCGGGUGAGGCCAAGGGACUCUCGGUCGGAGACUGUGGCCAGCGCCUCCUGCAGGUGUUCCGCUCCAAGCGCUUCCGCUCAGCCAAACUGGAGCGUCUCUACCAGCGCUACUUCUUCCAGAUGAACCAGAGUUCAUUGACGGUGCUCAUGGGAGUCUUGGUGCUGGCUUGCGGCAUCAUGUUGGUGUUCCACUGUGUGCCUGGCGCGCCCCGUGUGCCCUUCGCUGCCGCCCUCUCUGUGGCAGCCGCCCUCUUCCUGUCCCUCAUGUUCCUCUGCAACCGGACCUGCUUCCACCAGGACUGCAUGUGGGCAGUGAGCUACCUGGUCAUUGGGGCGUUGUGUGUGGUGCAGACAGUGGGCACGUUCUUCCUCUCUCCACGGAGUGCCUCCGAAGGGGUCUGGUGGAGCGUCUUCUUCAUUUACAUCAUCUACACUCUGCUGCCCGUCCGCAUGCGGGUGGCGGUGCUGGCUGGAGCCGUCCUGUCUGUGCUUCACCUCGGAAUUUCUUGGCAUCACAACAGGGCAGACUCCUUUCUUUGGAAGCAGCUUGGCGCCAACAUCCUGAUCUUCCUCUGCACCAAUGUCAUUGGCAUCUGCACUCACUACCCCGCGGAGGUGUCGCAACGCCAGGCCUUCCAGGAGACCCGUGGCUACAUACAGGCACGGCUGCACCUGCAACGUGAAAACCGCCAGCAGGAGCGGCUCCUGCUGUCAGUGCUGCCCCAGCAUGUUGCCAUGGAGAUGAAGGAGGACAUCAACACCAAGAAGGAGGACAUGAUGUUCCACAAGAUCUACAUCCAGAAACAUGACAAUGUCAGCAUUCUGUUUGCUGACAUUGAGGGGUUCACUAGCCUGGCAUCUCAAUGCACAGCACAGGAACUGGUCAUGACACUGAAUGAGCUUUUUGCCCGUUUUGACAAGCUGGCUGCGGAGAAUCAUUGCCUGCGCAUCAAGAUCCUUGGCGAUUGCUACUACUGUGUGUCGGGGUUGCCGGAGCCGCGGGCAGACCAUGCUCACUGCUGCGUGGAGAUGGGCGUUGACAUGAUCGAGGCCAUUUCGUUGGUGCGUGAGGUGACAGGUGUGAAUGUGAACAUGCGCGUCGGGAUCCACAGUGGGCGUGUGCAUUGUGGCGUGCUGGGGCUGCGCAAGUGGCAGUUCGACGUCUGGUCCAAUGAUGUCACCCUGGCCAACCACAUGGAGGCGGGUGGCAAAGCAGGGCGGAUCCACAUUACGCGGGCGACGCUGCAGUACCUGAACGAAGACUACGAAGUGGAGCCAGGCCAUGGGGGCGAGCGCAAUGCCUACCUUAAGGAGCACAACAUCGAGACCUUCUUCAUUGUGGGCUGCAGCCAGAAACGGAAAGAGGAGAAGGCCAUCUUAGCCAAGCUGCAGCGGGCCCAGGCCAGCUCCAAUGAGGGGCUGGUGCCCCGCUGGGUGCCUGAACGCUCCUUCCCCCGGGCCAAGGACUCCAAGGCCUUCCGACAGAUGGGUAUUGAUGAUUCCAGCAAAGACAACCGGAGCACCCAGGAAGCCCUGAAUCCUGAAGAUGAGGUAGAUGAAUUUCUGGGCCGUGCCAUUGAUGCGCGGAGCAUCGACCAGCUACGUAAGGAUCACGUCAAACGAUUCCUGCUCACUUUCCAGAAGCCUGAGUUGGAGAGAAAGUAUUCCAAAAAAGUAGAUGCCCGUUUCGGGGGCUAUGUGGCUUGCACCGUCCUUGUCUUCUGCUUCAUUUGUUGUAUCCAGAUUGUCAUCUUCCCGCACUCCCCACUGAUGCUUGGCGCCUACAUCAGCGUCUUCGUCAUCCUGGCCACCAUCCUUUUUGUCUGCGCCAUCUAUUCCUGCCUUGGCCCUUUUCCUGCCACCUUGCAGCACAUCUCCCGCAAGAUCACCCAGUCCCGAAUCAACAGCACGGUCACCGGGGUCGCAGCCAUCCUGCUUGUCUUUGUCUCUGCCUUCAUCAACAUGUUUGCUUGCAGCCGGCUCCGGCUCCAAGACUGCGCUGCCGCGUUUCUCAACAUUACUCCAGCUGCUGUGGGGCCCUGCCAGCUCCGUGCCCUCAACUUCUCACUGGUGUCGGAUGCUCUGCCCUGCCAGGGGAACGGUGCUUCUAGCUGCAGCUUCCCUGAGUACUUCACUUACUCAGUGCUGCUGAGUCUGCUGGCCUCUUCUGUCUUCCUGCACAUCAGUAGCCUUGGGAAGCUGGCACUGCUGGUGGUGAUGGAGGCUGUGUACCUGGCCCUCGCGGAAGGCCCCCAGGGGGUGCUCUUCGACAACUAUGACUUACUGGUGGUCGCCAAUGCCUUGCCAGUCAUCAGCGAGAACCAGAGUAGUGAAGACUGUUCUGCACACCAGAAGGUAGCCCUGCAGUACAUGACCCCCGUCAUCCUGCUGCUGUUUGCCCUGGCACUCUAUCUGCACGCCCAGCAGGUGGAGUCCACUGCCCGCCUCGACUUCCUCUGGAAACAACAGGCUACAAGCGAGAAAGAGGAGAUGGAAGAGCUGCAGGCCUACAACCGUCGGCUGUUGCACAACAUCUUGCCCAGAGAUGUGGCUGCUCACUUCCUGGCCAGGGAGCGCCUCAAUGAUGAACUGUACCACCAGUCCUGCGAGUGCGUUGCUGUCAUGUUUGCCUCCAUCAGCAACUUCUCGGAGUUCUAUGUGGAGCUGGAAGCCAACAACGAGGGGGUCGAAUGCCUGCGGCUCCUCAACGAGAUCAUUGCUGACUUUGACGAGAUUAUCAGCGAUGAACCGUUUAAGCAGCUGGAGAAGAUAAAGACAAUUGGCAGUACUUAUAUGGCAGCUUCUGGGCUGAAUGACAGCACCUAUGACCGUGAGGGGCGCUCCCAUAUCACCGCACUGGCCGACUAUGCUAUGCGGCUCAUGGAGCAGAUGAAAUACAUCAACGAACACUCUUUCAACAACUUCCAAAUGAAAAUUGGACUAAACAUUGGGCCAGUGGUGGCUGGGGUGAUUGGAGCCCGGAAGCCGCAGUAUGACAUCUGGGGCAACACGGUGAAUGUCUCCAGUCGCAUGGACAGCACUGGUGUUCCUGAUCGCAUUCAGGUGACAACUGAUCUCUAUCAGGUAUUGGCAGCCAAAGGUUACCAGCUGGAAUGCCGCGGUGUCAUCAAGGUCAAAGGCAAAGGCGAGAUGACCACCUAUUUCCUGAAUGGGGGCCCCACCAGUUAGCAAGAGCCUUUACUGCAAAGGGACCUCUUAAGAUGGGUUUAGGCAGCAUGGGGUUGAUUGGCCCUCUCCCUCUCCCUCCCUCCCUCUCUCUCUCUCUCUCUCUCUCUCCCCUUCCUUCCUUCCUUCCUUCCUUCCUUCCUUCCUUCCUUCCUUCCUUCCUGUUUGCUUGGGAUUUCUGACACACCAUCCUAAAAGGGAAACCCCACAAACUCCAAAAUCAGAUCCUCAGUAGUUGUGAACAAGAGGAGAAGUUGGCAGUCACCCUACCCCAUAAGAGACUUUUUUUUUUAUUUAUUGGGAGCAAAGCCUAACUUGGGGUGCCCCCUUUUGGGCCCGCAUGGGUGCUGUUUUGGGGUAGUGAACACAAAUCCAUUGUCGAAAACCUUCUGCCUCUCCUGGGCCAACCAAAGAAUCUGAUGAGGGGAAGGUGCCACAGGGCUUACAGGCCCCACCCAUUGCUAUUUGUGGAUCCAGAAAGCUGGCAUUCGGUUUUAUCGUGGAAGGGGCAGCUGUUCCUUUCCCCCCCAGCAUUGCCUGGACAUUUUUGAGAGGGGCCCUUUGUCUCUUGUGGUGCCCUUUGCCGAGACUCUCAAGAACUGCAGCAGCAGCAGCAGCACCGUUUUGGUGAGGAGGCGGCUUGCCCCCUAGUGCAUUUUGAUUGUUACAUCCUUCAGCAAUGCCCACUCUGUCUGUCUGUCUCUCUCUCUCUCUCUCUUUCAUGCACACACAUUCACUGUGAAGUUUGGAAAAGUGUCUCUUUUGUGGCAAGGGAUUAUUGUUUGGGAUAUAGUUCUCAUUUGCCAAAUUGCUUUUGUCUGGCAGGGAUUAAGGGGAGUUGUGCUGAACACUUGGAUGCUCCAAGAAAAGGGCUUAGGGUUGUGGUUUUGAUGCCAAAGAGAAGGCAGGGAAUGGACUUGGUUCCCUCCACCUCCCCUGCCAUCCCAUGUCCCAUAAAUGAUAGCCAGGGAAAGUGGUGUCCCACCCUAUGGAGAUGCAACCUGCCUUAGGUGCCUGAUGCUGAGUGGGGGGAUGGUUCUGGGUGUGCCCCCCUCUUCCAUCUUCCUUCAGGAGGGAGCUUCUUCCUAUACUUUGGGACCCUAGGAGAAAAGAAGUAGUCAUUCUUUGAUAGGAGCUCGCGUUCCUGGAAUUGGCUGAGCAAGCACCUUCCUGCCAGUGCAGCUUCAUGAGACUUCUGCUGCUAAAUGCCAAGUCUCUCCCCUUCCCUACACCCACUUUUCCUUGUGAAGCAGUCAGACUUUCAGGGCCUCGUUUUGUGAGUGUGUGUGAAAGAGAGUGAGCGUGCAGGGGGAGUUGACCAUAUCUUUUAGAAAUAUAUAUUUAAUAUAUCCCUAGUUGUCAUAGCUCCCGAAAGGGUCACAUUCCUCCCUUCUGCACUCUCUCUUUCCCCCCUCUCCUCUUAUCGGUCAACUGGACUGCGGAUGUUAAAUGGAUUUUUGUCACCUGUGCUUUGAGCGUUCUGGUACCUCGGUGCCCUGGGGAAUGCUUGCUCAGACCUUCCAGACUUGGGGUGGGGUGGGGAGGGGGGAGAAAUGGUAAGUCACAAAUCAGCAGAGCAAGGACACUGUGCUAAUUGCACUCCCUUAAAAAAAUUAAAAUAAAAUCCUAGCAGAUGUGAAUGGGGGUUGAGCUCCUGCCAGCACAAGUACUGUUUGAUCAUAGGAACGUUUGAGGCUUUGUCUUUACUUACCCUUCAGUAGCAAGCGUGUGUGUAUGAAAAGAAAUUUCACCAGAAGAUUUGAUACGUGGGGAAGUGCAGCUAUCCUUUUAAAAUAGGUCAUCUGCUUGGCUCCUGCAGGGGUGGGAAGACACUGCGGAGAGUGAGACAUGCGUUCCUCAUAGGUUCUGACCAUGUCUUUAUUUUCCCUUUUAUGGAAGGGAUGAGAGAUGAGAUUGUAAUUCCCAUGAUAGCUGCAAUCCCCGUUUCUCCAAACAGACUACCAUUGGCCCAUUUUUCAUCCGAUCCUGUUCCAAGGAAUUGUUAUAUUCAUAGCAGCUGUGGACUGUAUUGGUGGCAAACAAUUGUAUGGAUGUGGUCCCACUACCCUUGUUUUGGUCUUGUCCUUACUGAAUCUGUUGUUGGCAAGUUACAGCCCCCUUCCCACCUGCCCCCUUCUUGUCAGAUGGAAUUUCAGUACUAAAACAGAUUCUUUGAGAAUGGGAUUUAGUUUGCUUAACUCUUUGUCAAAAGCGACAUCUAAUGGGGAAUGUCCAAGCCAUGGGGAGGCAAGUAAGCUUUGUAAAGUUCCUUUAAAGCAGAUGACUGAAGGGAAAACCAAGUGUUUUAAUGCAGACAACAAACAAAUAAAUAUGAAGUUACUUUUUGUUUUUUAAAGAAAGCAAGCUGGGAAGUGGUUUUUUUUAUUUUAUUGGUUAAAAAAAGCUCUUUUAAUGCUUUCAUUUUUAAUAAAAGAAAAGCUUGGAGGUUUUUUUAACGGGCAGCAGCUGCCCUUGUGCAUAGCCUAUGCAUUAUUGGUGCCCACCUUGGGGGCAGGCUAUGUGAAAGGAGAAAAGUUGAAUGUUUUGAAAAGCAAACCAUCCAACCCAGAUCUCCCCGCUCCCUCUCGGGCUAAUACUAAAACAGCUCAGAUGAAUUCCUUGGGGGAAGUGUGUGAUUGGAGUGGGCGAUAUGGCACUUAUUUGGUACUUUUUCUUUUUUGUGUGUACAUAUAUAAAUUAUAUAUUAAAGAUCACUUUCUAUUA